UCACAAGAUUUUGCCGGAGAUAGGAAUUGUGUUGUGUCUCUAGCUAGCUAACGUAAAUGGCUUCCGAAGUCACUUCCAAGAAUCGAGGGACUUCCUGCAAUAGAGCAACCACUGCUUUUUAAGGUGGCGUACAUGAAACUGGGUUGUCUGGACAGGAGGGACUGCCUGAAGCUAUGGCGGAUGAGCUCACUCUGCAGCAUGGCCGGGUAGGCUUUAGUGGACGGCCUACUCAGUUUCAGCAGCCCCACUGGGAUUCAUCAUCAUCCCCCUCUAAUCCCAAAGAUUCAGCACAGGUGUCAGUUGGGUCCCCCCCUGCAGCCCCAAUGGAAGCUUCUAAUAAAGAGGCUCUGCUGCAGCAGCUGCGAGGGGAGGUCCUGGACAUGCUGCGCAAUUCCCCAGAAGGCGUGGAGCUGCCCAAGCUGCGCAAACGGUACAGGCAGAUGUACGGGCGGAAGUUAACCUUGUCUGACUAUGGUCUGACGGGUCUGAUGGAGCUUCGUUUGAUAUUGGGGGACCAGGUUUGCGUGGAGCGACUAAACAACAAGAAUGUGGUGAGGGCAGCUGGUCAGGGGAACUGCAGGAACUUUCUGGCGGAUACGGGUUUGAGUGGUAACAGGACAUGCCUCUCAAAGACUACAGCCAAACCUCCUGACAGUGCAGUUUCAAAGAUGGAGAAGGUGCGAUCGGAUGUCCUGGAGCUAUUGAAACUGCAUCCAGAGGGUAUUCCGAUCAAGACCCUGGCCAACACAUUCAACAAGAGAUAUCAGAGAAACCUGGUGGUAUCAGCGCUCGGGUUCUCUUCUGUGGCGAAAUUUGUGGACUCCUUGAAGGAUGAGGUAGUGGUGGAACAGGAUAUAGUCUUCCAAAGAUCACACAAGUCUGACUCCGGCGGAGCCAUGAUGCCUGGGCCUCGAGGAAGUACACCUGUUGGGUCAGCACAAGCAGGUAAUGACUCUGCAUUGCCUCUCUCCAGCACACUGCUCCCUCUCCACUCAGCCUCUGGUCAGCCUAAGGAGGAGAUGACCGAGACACAGCUUCUGAAGAAUGUCACGGAGGUCAUGAACGUCUACCCGCCUGCCCGCAUGUCCAUGGCUCAGCUGCAGAACGGCUACUUCCUCCACUUCCACACCCCGCUCCCUCUGGAGCUGUACAUGUCACUGUAUGAUAAGCACACAGGGAAGAAAAUCGCAGGCCCGACGGUCGCUCCCAGUCCACUGAUUGCCCAGGGGCCGCCUGACCUGCAACCAGAGUCUCCUGCAGAUGCACAGAGACAGAAACCUGUAGAAGAGAGAGGGGUGGCACAGGCCACGUGCGUGAUGAAUGGGGAGGCAUGGUCUAAAGGAGCCUCUCCAAUAUUCCAGUUGCAGUCAGCCACCAUACCCCCAGCACUUGCCACCGGACUUUCUGGGGCUGACUUCCCAGCCCUGGGUGUCAAACUCUCCAAGAGCCAGGAGAAGAGGCUGAAGGAGGAGGCCCUGAACAGAGAAGGGAACGCAGCCGUAUUCAGAGAUGCCUACCACUCCCAGCUGCGGGAGGUGCACCGUGCUACCAUGCAAGCCGCAGAGGUGCUGGAGGAAGAGGGUGUGUCCAAAGAGAGGCGGAGGGGGAGAAUUGGCGUGGAGGAGGUGAACAAUCUGGCUGAGAACGUCAUCCGCCUGAUCGCAGCUGAGGGAGAGCUAGUCACUGUUGAGAAGGUGAUUUUCAGAGUCUGUCAGCUUCUAAAAGUUCAAUCCUUGGAGUCUUUAAGGAUUGACCCCCGAAGGCAACUGUCUGCCAUAAAGGAGCUUCAGCGCACCCUCAGAGAGGUCAACAUCUUCAUUGAGUCUGUUGAGGCCGUGCGCACAGUCUGCACCCUCUACGAGCUUGAGCAGGGUCUGGCAAGCCUGAAGAACAAGAAGCGAUUUGAAGAGCUGAGCCUUGGACCUGUCUGCAAAAUCCCACUCAUCCACAAGAUGUUUAAAGUUGACUGUAACACCAAGGAUGAUGACAUUAACCAGAUUGAAACUGUGGACAUUUUAAGGAGUCUGAGGGCAUUCCGAAGGAAGCAGAGCAAAGAGAAAGUUGACCUCGCAGAGUUCAUGAAGCACCUGGCUGACCAGUACAAGUGUGAAACACCCUACGAGCUCGGGAUCAGGAUCCAGAGCAUUGCUCUGUCCAUUUCGACCCUGCAGAAAGCGAUGAGGUCUGAUCACGCCGCCAUGGACAAGGCCCGAGACAUCAUCCAGAAAGAGAUCGAGGAGGAGGUGCUGGGCAGGAUGAGGAAGCUGAAGAAAAGCGUGCUGGAAGCGGUGCAGGGCGCCACGCCCUUCUCCGCGGCCACCGGCAUGGACCUGAGGGGGAUGUACGCCUCCCAGACUGCGGCUGAGGUCGUUCUGCAGGUCUUCGAACGCGCCGGGGGCGUCUUCAGCCCCCGCAUGGCCAAGCAUGUGCAGGGUUUCCUGACACAUGUGUCAGGGGACCGGCUAGCCAGUGCCCUGUUCCAGCUAGCCAUCUGUGGUGGGUCCCUGGAGGUCCCCCAGAACCUGGUGGCUAAGGAAAAGUCCAGCAAACCAGCUGAAGAGAAGAAUAAAGGAGAGCAAAAAGCCACUAUACCGCCCCCUAGUGAGACUGCUGUAAAGAAUUACCUGCAGGAGUGCAUGUCAAGCUUCAGUGGUGUGCUCACCCUCCCCUACGUGUCCCGACUGGAGAGGAAGGUGGCGGAGCACUUCAAAUUCACAGAGUUCAACCAGCUUGGACAGGGCACCUUCCUGGAAUUCCUGGUGAAACAGUGUCAGAUCCUGCAGGAAGCUGGAGGGGGCGCCCUUGUGCUGGAUGCUCAGAACUCCAGGGCCUGCGGCUUCAGACCCAGUCAGCAGGAUGUGUAUGAGUUCAUCAAGCAGUGCGGAGUACAAGAUGAGGACAGACUCCCGUUUAUUGAGUCUGCCUUGAGGAGUCACUACAAGAUGAGGGACAGUCGAGAGCUGGGGUACGGCCCUCUUCACAACCUUGUGGCGAACGUGCAGCGGCAGAAACGUCUCAGUGACAUUGACAAGGCCAGCCUGGUGCGCUACGAGUCUCCGCUUUUCGUCAAAGACUCCAGAGGGUGUUUGGAAGAGACGGUUGGCCUGCUGGGGCCGGUGAGCCGAGAGGAUGCUGUCGCCAGCCUGCUGUCCGCUCCCCUCCUGGAGGACCUCAGCGAGUGGUCUGAGUGGGAGCUGGUGUUCGAACCCCAACAUGGCCUCCUGAAGGACUUCGUCGAGAGGAACUAUGCCGCUAAUUCCGACCUUGCAGCGCUGGAGGUUAGGCCUGGCGUGCUGCUCCGGGUCACGACCUCCACCAGCGACAAGUCGUUUUCAGAGGCGGCGCUGGCUCUGGACCCUGUCGGCACAGCGGGACACCUGGUGUCUAUCGUCGUGGCUGAUGGGAUAUCCAACGCUCCAACAGCCCUUCUGGCCAAUCACAUGGAGGGCUCGCUGGCAGCGGCUGUUGCACAAGAAGGUCUGUCAGUGACUGAGGACCCCACGUCUUACAGCAGAGUGGCCAAGUUUGUUCUCGACUGUCUGAUCCGAAUCCCAACAAGAAUUUGCAAAGCCUUUUUGCAGCAGGUGUUCCUGGAACCCCUGACCAGAGUGUUGGGCCAAGCCAAAUCUAAGGCGGUGCUCCUGGACAUGGCUAAAGCAGAUAGCCGCUACCUGAACAGGCUUCACCACAUGGGCCUCUUGCUAGGCAUGACAGAAUGGAUGAAGGACUUUCAUAGCAAGCUGAGUCCACCAAAGCAGCCUGUGAUGCCUUCACAGAUCAGAAAGCUUGUGUCAGCUGACACCAUGUCCAUGAGCAGCAGGUCUUCACCAGGGGACUUCAGCGAAGAUGAGGACGAGGAUGAGGACUUCCUGCGGGAGUCUAGGCCUGAACCGGAGUCCCGUUCAGAGACUUCCUCCCUGAGUCUGCCUGACCUGGAUGAUGAUGAAGAGGAGAAGUAUGAGCUUGUGCAGAAUGGCGGGAGAUGCAGUGCCGGAGAGAGUGCGGGCGACAGCGGGGAGGACGCGGGGGGCGACGAGUCACAGGAGGGAGCAGACCCCGCAGGAAAGCAAGCUGAGGACAGGCUGAGCCAGCACAAGGCCAUCAUCGAUGACAUCAGGAAAACCGAGUUUGGCAUUGGGGUGGAGCUAAAUGAAGAGGUCCAGAAGCUGAUGAAGGUUCAGCAGGAGCGACUCGGCCGGAGCCUGGACCGGCUGUCCACUGAGUUAUACAGCAAGGACACUCACUUUGUGCUGGAGCUUAUUCAGAAUGCAGAUGACAACAGCUAUCCUUUGGACGGGGAUGUCCAGCCAGCGCUUGCCUUUGUGUUGGAGAGGGACUGCAUCACCAUACUCAACAACGAGUGUGGCUUUGAGGAGAAGAACGUCCGAGCCAUCUGCGACGUGGGUCGCAGCACCAAAGGAAAGCACAAAUAUGGCUACAUAGGACAGAAGGGCAUCGGCUUCAAGUCCGUGUUCAAAGUGACUGACUGCCCCGAAAUUCACUCCAACGAUUUCCACAUCCGCUUUGACAAGAACAGCGGGCCCAUGGGCUACAUUCUGCCACACUGGCUGGAGGAGGAGAGGCCCCUGCAAGCAGACCUGCAGGAGCUCAAGCAGCACAGCUGGACCACAAAGAUUUCCCUGCCGCUUCGGUCGGAGAGCUACCAGACUAGGAACCUGUUCCACGACGUGCACCCCUCUCUGCUGCUGUUCCUGCACCGGCUGCGCUCCGUCACCAUCGUCAACCAGCAUGUGUGUCAGAACGAGAAGCGGCAGGUGUCGAUGACGCGGAGGGACCUGAGCCACAACGUCCUGGAGGUGCAGCACACGGACGGAGCGGAGCGAUGGCUGGUGGUCAAACGCACUCUCUACCCGAAGAAGAUUAAAGAGGACGUGGAGUCGACCCAGCUGGCCCUGGCCUUCAAGCUGAAAGAGGACUCUUGCUCUGACAUGAAGAUCCAGCCUGAAAAGCAGCCCGUCUUUGCCUUCUUGCCACUCCGGAGCUUUGGGUUCCGUUUCAUCGUCCAAGGUGACUUUGACAUCCCCUCCUCCAGAGAGGAUGUGGACCGGGACAGUCACUGGAAUCAGUGGCUCCGCUCUGAGGUCCCCCAGCUCUUCAUGCACGCCCUGGAUGUAUUCGCUGAGCAUCCAGAAUUCACUGGUCUGCAAGGGUUGUGCCAAUUCCUGCAAUUUGUUCCACUACCUGAAGAGAUCCUGGACUUCUUCAGUCCUGUGGCCAGCCAGAUCAUACAGCUGCUUAAGGGCAGGGCCUGUCUUCCCACCAAGGAGUGCAAAGAUGGAAGCGUGGAAUACAAGCUGCCCUCACAGAUUGCCGUGUCACAUGACCCGCUCAUCCAAGAGGUGAUUGACGCAGAGCAUCUCCACAAACACCUGAACCUGUCCUACCUGCACCCUGCCCUGCAGUCGGCCCUGCCCCUGUCUCUGGUGUCUGCUCUCGGUGUGCGCCGCCUGAGAGCAGCGGACGUCGCAGCCGUCACCUGGGCCAUAGCUAAGGAGCUUGCCAAAGGUGAUGGCACCCUGUCAGACUCUGGCCUGAAGAAGGUGGCCAAACUGCUAGUGUGUAACUUCCGUGCCCUGGAGCAGGAGUAUAGUGAGGCAGACACCAUAUUGAAGACCCUCAGAGACAUUCCCAUCAUCCCACUGGCUGAUGGUCGCAUGGUGGCUCUGAGUACACAGGGUGUCUUCUUCCCUCUAACAGAUGGAAAGACUGUACACAUGGGCAUGGAGGCGCUUUGCAGGGACCUGUGCACCAUAUCCCCCCGGCUGCUGGAGUGCCUGGACCCCCUGGGGAACUCCCAGGUGCGGGAGCUGCUGAAGAGGCUGGAGGUGCAUGAGCUGGAGCCCCAGAAAGUCCUUCAGCAGCACAUCUACCCCAUCCUGAAGAGCGGGGCCUGGAAGAUGAAGCCAGAGGACAUUGUUGUGAGCUAUGUGGUGUUCAUCAAGCAGAACUCUCACAACCAGGACUACAGGAAUUUAACUGCAGCAUUCCCUGUGUUGACCAACAAGGGCUUCCUGUGCCCCAGAGAGCACAAAGUACAGUUUUCCAAGGAGUAUGGCAACAUUGACCUACCCAGCAAACUCCCAGGUGUGGACUGGAUCCUGCUGCAUCCAUGCUACCUGCAGGCUGACCGAGACCAGAGCGGCUGGAGAGAGUUCUUCGGCAUUCUGGGGGUGCAGGACCUGCUCAUUUUCAAAAAGAAAAAGCACACCAUGUCAUUAAACGAGCUGGCUUCCAGCCCCUGGGCUGCGGACAGCGAGCUGUGGCCGAGGACUGUGGAUGGCAUGUAUGUCGUAGAGGAUCAGGAGUGUGAGGAAUUCCACUCGCUUGUCACAGCCAAUCAGCUCCCGGACCAGCAGAAACAGGCGCAGAGGCUGGAGCUGCUGAAGUUGCUGGACAGUAACUGGGUCACUGGGGACAGGUAUUCUCAAUACCUGAGUGCCCAGGUGCUAGAUAGCCAGGGACGGCACCUGAGGGAUGCCAAGUCAUCCUUCAUCCACUACCUGACCACACUUCCGUGGGUGCCUGCUGUCAGGAGACAGCCAGGGAAUUUGGACAAGACCAUCAUAGAGUACCUGUGUCCGAACGCUGUGCACCUGCACUCCCCUGAGCUCUACUCUCUGCUGGGAAUUCAUGUCAGUUAUGUCUUCACAAACCCCAGUGACUUCACCGUCUGCAUAGGAAUGAAGCACUCUGUCUCUGUGGAUGAGAUGAUUGCACAUUUGAAGGCGUGGUGCACAAAGGCGUCGGACAGCUGCCCUGGGGCGACAGACAGAGCAAGCUUCAUCAGCACUGUGGAGCAUGUGCACAAUGUCUACAGCUAUCUGCACGUUAACUGCAGUGCACGCCAGCUGAAAGAUCUGUUCCAGCAGACUGCAGCUGUCUUCAUUGAGAGUGAAAGAAAGGAGGAGUGGUGUUCAGGGCGAUUCUACAUGAUGAAGGAGGUGUGCUGGAGUGACCCCACUGGAAUGUUCCAGAGGUAUAAGGAGGAGAUCCGUAAAUCAGCCAAUGAGGUGCAGGAGCCCAGGGUGCUGGCCCCCUUCUAUAGCCAGCUGGACAACAUGAAGGACUUCUUCCUCAAGUGUUUGGAAGUUGAUCCCCACCCAUCCAUGAAGCAGUAUGUGGACCUCCUGGAGCUCAUCUGUACCUCGUGGCCGAUUCCCACAGUAGACCUGCUGCAGGAUGUCUCCACCAUCUAUGCAAAGCUGGCUGAUAAAUGCAAAAUACCAGCACAUGGAGAGCAGGACCAUGAAGCUCAGCUGGCCCCUGGUUACUGUACAUCUCUUAAGGAAAUGCUGACUGACAAGAGGGUGUUCCCCACUAAGGAUUCCCGCUGGGUGACUUUGUCUCAGAGGCCUCUAAUCCCUGACAGCAAGACCCUGGAGAGGAUGUUCAAAUCACAGAGUGAAAUAUGUUUGCUCAACCUACCACCAGCUGACAAGAAACUACCCUUUAAGCCCAAGCCUGGAUUCAAGCAAGGCAGGAGCAACAAGCAGGCAACGUUCAGCGAGAAGGACAGGGAGCUGUUUCUGGAGAUCUGUGGGGUGAAGAAGCUCUCCCAGUGUGUCACUCAAGAGGCCCAGACAGAGAACUACAGACCGUGUGCCCCUGUGCAGGCCUUGGUCCGCAGAGUGGUCCCUUACAUCCAGAAAUUCCUUUUCCACCGUGAAGAGUUCAGCGACAUCUAUGAAGAGCUAAAGGAGAACAAUAUCACCCAGUUGAUCAAGGGGCUGUCUUUUGGCCAGGUUGGCAAGUUGUAUAUCCAGUAUCAGCUGAGUGUGCCUGAUAAGGAUCCUAUCUUUGAAAGAGAGGAUGUCAUCUGCCUUUUGAAGGACAAGAAGGAGUUCUACAUCCAGAAGGACCACCUCUCAGCCAAACUGGACAUCUGCAGAGAGAUGGUGAAGCUCUUCCGCACAGACAGCAGCUAUGGGAAGGAACUGGAAAAUUUCCUACAGUGUCUCAUGACCUGUCUGGAGGAUGGUCGUGCUUUAGAACGCUUCCUGAAGAACGAGGACAUCAAAGACCUGCCAGACAAUGAGGAGAGAUGGGAGGUUCCAGAACCUUUGGAGCUGAAGCCAGAACCUGCAGUGCUGUCUGGGAUGCAGUUCAGCCGAGCCAUGAGCGUAGCUGAAGAGGAGCACAAAGAUGAGCAGGACGAUGGGGAAAAGACCUUGGCCUGCUGGCCGCCCAAGUCUUCCUUUCACAAGGUUUCAGGCGGUCACACAGGGCAGGCGGUGGAAGCGGUGAUGAAGAUGUGGCCCCCUCCGGCCCAGCCCACCGGCGAUGGGGAAACCUCGCAGGGCCUCAGCCGUGACAGCGGGGCGGAGCAUCCAUUACGCAGGGAGCAGGGACACAUGCACCUGCAUGGCAGUACGCCAAGCGGCUAUAGCCCACACUCUACAGAAAAGAGCCACGAGUCUGGCGUGCAAAUGGGCCGGUCCUCUAACUCACAGAGGCAGGAAGCAAGUGAAAGUAGCAGUACAGAAGCAAGGCUGGAAGCCAUGAGGCCUGAGGCCACAAGGCCCGAAGUCACAAGUCCCCACAUAAAUAGACCUGCUGAGCACCCUGCAGCUCCAGAGCAACAAGAACCCGACUCCUCGCAUCUAGACCAAAAGGAGCCUGCAGUGCCAGAGGUGGUGUCCACCUCAUUCCAGGGGAAUGGGAGCGUUCAACGUGCACCUCUGGUGCUGGAUAAUCCGGUGUGGGCCAAACAGCUCCCCCCACAAGCGGUUCUGGAAGACCUGGUUCUGGACUGCUCCCGGCCCAAAACCAUGGUGUUCACUGAGGACAAGGGAGACACAAUGAGCAUCGGGGAGUGGGGUGAGCAGCUGGUUAAUGCCUUCCUCACGCACUGGAGGGACAGUGGCAGCCCUGACGGCCCCAGGGACAUAGUCUGGUACAACCGCAAUGGUGAAAGUGGGCACCCGUGCGACUUCAAGGUCACAUUUGCUAUAGAUGGAGAUGGGGAUGGGAGCUUUCACGAGGUCUUUGUGGAGGUCAAGUCCACGGUGAAAACCGAGAAGCACUUUAUCCAUCUCUCUGCCAAUGAGCUGGAUCUCGCCCUAAGGGAGAAGGAGAGGUACCACAUCUACAGAGUGUACAACGCCGGAGACUCGCUAAAUGUCCGUCUCUGUCGCAUCAAAAACCUGGCCCAACAUCUACAUUCCAAGGAGCUGGAGUUGUUUUUGUUUGUGUAG